UUCAGUGUAUGUGACUGAUGAUAAGAGUCUGGAUUCAGUGUGGAUGAGCAGAGAUCAGAGCCGCACACCACAGACACUGCUGGACUCUAAACUCUCUGAAGAGAAAUCCAGACACACACAGAACUCCGAUCUCAGUCUGACUUUACUCUGUUAUACUGAGUCAAAGCUCACAGACACUCAGGACACUACAGUGUGUGACAGUAAACAGAGCUUACAGGAGGAUCAAACCUCCACAGAGUAUCUGGAUUCUGUCUGUAACGCUGGAGAACAGCAGCAGAUCCUGCAGACCAAACUGAAGAUGUGUUCAGUUAAAAUCAUCGACUGCACGAACCUCAUGAUGAAGAUUAAAACUGAAUCCACAGAAAUCAAAACCGAACCCACAGAAAUCAAAACUGAACCCACAGAAAUCAAAACCGAACCCACAGAAAUCAAAACUGAACCCACAGAAAUCAAAACUGAAUCCACAGAAAUCAAAACUGAACACACAGAAGAGGAAGAUCGCACUGAGGAAGAUUAUGAUUUCAUUACAUCAGAUGUGAAGAGUGAUUCAUGUUUGGAUAUAGAAAUAACGUCCUCAACAUCAAAAGAGCGACUGACAGCACAAACUCUUUCCUGCAUCACCUGUGAAAAGACAUUCAGCUCACAGAGACAUUUAGAGAGACAUGAGAGAAAACACACAGAACAGAAACUCUUCACCAGAUCUGAGAUCAGCUUUACUACCUUACAAGAGAAGAAACUUCAUUCAGAAGACCACAGAGAGAAGAAGAAGUUUCACUGUGAGCACUGUGGGAGGAUUUGUGCCUCUUCCUAUAAACUAAAUAUUCACAUGAGGACACACAGUGAUGAAAAGCCUUUCAACUGCACUGAAUGUGGAAAAUACUUCAAAACCAAACAAAAUCUUAAAAUUCAUCAGAGACUUCAUACAGGAGAAAAACCUUUCAAAUGCUCUCAGUGUGACAAGAUGUUUUCUUGUUCAGGUCACUUCAAAGUCCAUCAGAGAGUUCAUACUGUAGAGAAACCUUAUCACUGUAUUGUCUGUGAGAAGAGUUUUAAUCAACAGGUUAACUUAAUAAAUCACAUAAGAAUUCAUACAGGUGAAAAACCUUACAAAUGCUCUCAGUGUGACAUGACGUUUGCUCAGUCAGGUCACUUAAAAACCCAUCAAAGAGUUCAUACUGGAGAGAAACCUCAUCACUGUAGUGUCUGUGGGAAGAGUUUUAGUCAUCUGCCUAAUUUACUUAUUCACCAGAGACUUCAUACAGGUGAAAAACCUUUCAAAUGCUCUCAGUGUGACAAGACAUAUACUUAUUCAUCUGCCUUAAAAAUCCAUCAGAGACUUCAUACUGGAGAGAAACCUUACGUCUGUGCUCACUGUGGAAAGAGCUUCUAUCAUUCAUCCCAAAUAAUAGUUCAUGAAAGAGUUCACACUGGAGAGAAACCUUAUCACUGUAGUGUCUGUGGGAAGAGUUUUAGUCAAGGGUCAAACUUACUUAAGCACCAGAGACUUCAUACAGGUGAAAAACCUUACAAAUGCUCUCAGUGUGACAAGACGUUUGCUCAGUCAGGUUCCUUAAAAUCCCAUCAAAGAGUUCAUACAGGAAAGAAACCUUAACACUGUAAUGUUUGUGGGAAGAGUUAAAAGGAUAGUUUGGCCAAAAACGAUAUUAAACCCAUGAUUUACUCACCCCCAAGCUGUUCGAGUUGCAUAUGUCCAUCGGUUUUUUAGACAAACACAUUUUCGGAUAUUUAAGAAAAUAUUUUAGAUCUUUCAGUUGAUUAAAUGUAAUGUUACGGGGUCCACGACCUUCAAGUCCAAAAAAAGUGCGUCCAUCCUUUACAAAAUAAAUCCAAACGGCUCCAGGAUGAUAAACAAAGGUCGUCUGAGGGUAAUCCGCGCGGUGUUGUUGUAGAAAAAUCCAUAUUUAAAACUUAAUAAACUAAAAUAAUUACCUUCCGGUAGCGCCGCCAUCUUAGUCGGGUCCGCAUUCAGGAUGAGUGCUUAUGCAGCAUACAGCGGUUUCUCUGCUGCUGCUCUGUGCCCCCGCCCUCCGAAUUUGUCAUACGUCACUAAGAAAAGUGCGUACACUACGCUAAUACUUUCUCCUGAAUACAGAGGAGUCUAAGAUGGCGGCGCUACCGGAAGGUAGUUAUUUACGUUACAUUUUUAAUAUGGAUAUUUCUACAACAACACCGUGCGGAUUACCCUCAGAAGACCUUUGUUUAUCAUCCUGGAGCCGUUUGGAUUUAUUUUGUGAAGGAUGGACGCACUUUUUUGGACUUGAAGGUCGUGGACCCCGUAACAUUACAUUUAAUCAACUGAAAGAUCUAAAACAUUUUCUAAAAUAUCCGAAAAUGUGUUUGUCUGAAAAACGAUGGACAUAUGCAACUCCGACAGCUUGGGAGUGAGUAAAUCAUGGGUUUAAUAUCAUUUUUGGCCGAACUAUCCCUUUAAUCCACAGGAAAACUUUGUAAAGCACCAGUGACCUUUACAAAUAGAAAAGGUACAAAUAAAAAAUUAAACAGU